AUGUCUUCAACGCCUUCACGAGCGGCGAUUGCGAAGGAAGUUAGCAAACCCAGUCCGUGGUUGCAUUUCGUGGCUGGAGGUCUUGGCGGAAUGUGCGGCGCUAUCGUGACGAGUCCUUUUGACGUCGUCAAAACGCGACUGCAGUCAGACCUGUUCCGCCAGAAGCACCCAGCGAUAGGUGUGGUCGGUGGGUCUGGCAGCGUUGUGAUGGGCGCGCCACGGCCGACAAAUCUGUUGUUCCACUUUGUCGAAACGGGUUACAUUAUUCGGGACAUCUACCGCGAAGAGUCCUUUCGCGCCCUGUUUAAGGGUUUAGGACCUACGCUCGUUGGUGUUAUCCCUGCGCGCUCCAUCAACUUUUUCACAUACGGCAACGGGAAACGCAUCAUCGCCGACAAGUUCAACAAUGGGCAGGAAAACAGCUGGGUGCAUCUCUCCGCUGCCGCCGUGGCAGGCAUCGCUACUGGCACAGCAACGAACCCCAUCUGGGUCGUCAAGACCCGUCUACAACUCGCGCAGGGCGACAAGAAGGUUCUCGGGGGCAGCUGGCUAUGUAUCACGAAAAUUUUCCGAGAGGAAGGGAUUCGAGGGUUUUACAAGGGACUGAGUGCGAGCUAUCUAGGCGUGACGGAGGGCACCAUUCAAUGGGUAUUGUAUGAACGAUUGAAGAAGCUGAACGCGAAUUUGGAUGGGCAUGGUCCGGUUUCGCAAUGGGCAGGUAUGCUGGGCAGCGCGGGGACGGCGAAGAUGGUAGCCAGUCUCAUCACUUAUCCGCAUGAGGUUCUGCGGACGCGGCUUCGGCAGCCAAGUGUCAACGGCGUGAUCAAGUAUACUGGGCUUUGGCAGACUCUGCGGCUCGUUAUUGCGGAAGAAGGCGCGCGGACACUGUACAGUGGGCUGAGUGCGCACUUGAUGCGUGUUGUGCCCAACGCAGCGGUUAUGUUCUUCAUCUAUGAGGGCCUCAUCAGCUGGAGCACCAAACACUGA